ACAACAAGCAACUGACGUUUUUAAAAGCAUAGAAACCCUUAUCAUGAGCGAACUAAUACGACUAAUCAUUCAAAAGCUGAAUGACGAGCCAUUUAACAGGAGUUUUAACCUAAUAUCUUUCGAUUCGCUUGAACCUGUCCGUCUUCUACAGGUUCUGAAUGAUGUUCUUAGCGAAAUAGAUAAUAAACAUAAAAUCGAUAUCAGGGAGGAGCCUCCUGAUAAGAUGGCUGUCAGAAUGUUUGAAGCUUUUAGGGUGUUUAGGUAUAAAUUACCAACCGAUCCAGAAAAGCUGAGCUUAUUUCGCCAGGGUUUAGUGACUGGAGAUAAAAUUAUCAUAUACCCUAUUUUGGAGUGGCUUCUCACUAGAAUGUCUGAGUUGAAAAAGCGUGCAUAUUUAGCCCAAUAUCUUGUUAAAGUCAGUAUUCCCGUGGAUUUUAUGCAGGAUGAGGAAAUAGCAGGACUUUAUCAACAAUAUGAAAACUCGAUUGAAAACUUCAAAGAAUCUCAUAAAAAGUUUGAAAGCGUUAAAAAUGGCGGACUUACGACUGCAGAAGUGAAGAAAGAUAUUUCCGCGAUGCAAGAAGAAAAGGAACAGUUACUCAGACGAGUAGAAAGAAUGAAAAAGAAGCUGGAAGCUUUUCCUACCAGUAAUACAAUGCUAGAAAUGGCGAAAAGGUUGCGGCUAGAGCGAGAAAAGGAGACCAAAAUAUCUAAACAAAUGAGAGAACAGAAGUCACUAAUUGCGAAUACAGAUCAACGUAUUCAAAUCACUCAACAACAACUGAAAGAAUUAAGAAAAACUACAACUAAUUCGACAGCAACAGCAUUAAUACAACGUGUUGAGGAAGAAACAAAAGUUAAUCAAUAUAUGCUAUCUGAAAAAUUGCCUAAAGAAUUAUUAAAUAUAAAGACCUAUAUUGAAAAUGUAACAAAAGUUGUUUCACAACCAGCUAUGAAUCAAUCUUUUCUUGAUCAACUUAAUCAACAACUACGUGAUGCAAAUUCCGAAUUAAAUAAACUAAUAGAAAAACGUAUGAUUUCAAAUGAACCAUUUGAUGAUAAAAUUUCAUUAUUUCGUCAGCAAGCUGCUAUUGUAAGACGUAAAAAAUUAGCAGCAGCUGAAACAUUAACAACAACACGUGAUAGACUAUCUGAAUUGAAUAAUCGUCUUGAAGAAAUGAAAAAUCAAUUGGGUGUAUCAGCAACUAUUGAUCAGAAUGGAGAAGAUGGCAAUGGGAUUACAAUAAAUAAGGCGUUAGAUCUGUCCUGUUUAAAGACUGAUGAAUUUCAACGAUAUGUUGCAAAACUUCGUAGUAAAAACACAAUAUAUAAGCAAAAACGUGCUCAAUUAAGUGAGUUACGCGCAGAAAAAGGAAUACUGUCGAGAACUGUUGAAAUAUUACGUAAUGAAGAGAAUGAAAUGAAAACAUUAUUGGCUAAUGCAGAAUCUGAACAUGGUACCAGCGGUUGUUGGGAAAGUCAAACAAAUUUAGGCAAAAUAUCUGAAGAAAUGUCACUGUCAAAUGAACAAAAAGGUAUUACAUUAGAAGAGAUGUCAAAAAUUAUUCAGCAAUUAAAUAAUCGAAUCAAUACUAAACGUACACAACUAGCUCCAAUCAUCCGAGAACUUCGACAAUUAAGACAAAGAGCUCAGGAACUUGGUCAAAUACAUGUUGAGAAAAAAUCCGCUUAUGAUGCAUUAACAGCUAGUCAAGAAUCUCAAUCUAUUCGUUUAGAACAAGAAGUACGUACAAUACGUGAAGCGGAAAAAAAUGAAGAAUCAAAAUUUCAUUAUUUAACUGCCAAUCUAGAACUAUUACAUAUUCAACAAAAUCGUUUACAAAAUGAAAUACGUGGUUAUGUAACUAGUAGUAGUCAUCUUGCUUUAUCAUCUAAUAAAAAUGAAAGUACAAAUGAAACUAUGGAGAAAAGAAAAAGUUACAGAGAAAUUUAUACACGUAAAAUAGCUGAACAAGAAGCUUUAACUAAAACAUUAAAACAAGAACAGAAAUCUUUAUUAGAAAAUGAAAAAUUUGGUUUAAAACAAGUGAAUUUAUGGAAAAAUUUAUUACAAUUAUUAGAAAUUAAAAAAAUCACUAAAGAAUUUAAUGAAGAACGUGAAAAAGCCGGUGGUGAUUAUGCAAAUGUUACUAAAAUUGAAAAAGACAGAAUGUUAUUAUGAUAAAAAGAACAACAACACAGUAUUGACAAUUGUAAAUAACUUGUUUUUAAAUAAGUAAAAGUAUUAUUUACUUA